AUGGUUGACAGCGCCUGUGUGCCCUCACGCCCUCAAACCCCCACCGACGUCUACGAGUAUGGCAGCGACUACACGACGCCCGCGCCUUCCCUCCUUUCGCGACCGACAACGCCAGUCCUCCUCGAACCUCCUUCUCCUCACCCGCCUAUGACCGUCCCGUCAUUCUCCAUUUGUCGCUCGACUCCCGCUCCGGCACCUAUCGUCCUCCCUCCUCCAUCCUCGCCACCAUUGAUACCGACGCCGCCUGGAACGACCGCGCCAGACUCCCCCUCUGCGCUCUCUCCGACCACAACGAAGGAAGUCGACCUCGACCUCGACCCACACUACCUCGCCACGCCCAUCCAGCGAUCGUACUUCGUGCAUCUGUCGGACCUGUUCGAGAAGAAGGCGGUGGAACGGAUAGCCGACGCGGAGGACGUCAAGAAGGAGAAGAGCUUGUCGAGGGUGUUGCCGGUCUUGCGGAGGGCGAGCGUCGUCGUGGCAGGAGAGGAAGUGCAGGGCAAGCCGAGUUGGCGGUGUUGUAAUCUCUGCUGA